AUGAAGGAGGAAAACAAAUCUAAUGCCAAUGAUGAGGAAAUUAUAAGCUAUCUGGUACAGAGCGGGUUUACAGAGGCAGAGAUCCAAGCUGCUAUGAAGGAAACAGGAUCUAAAGAUAUAGACUUUCUUGUUGAUUCGAUCAUAAGUGCAAACCAAAACAAAUCGCACAAAGGAGUCAAGCAAGUCAAAAGAGAAAGCACUCCGUCCAUUUCGAACGAAAUAUCGGAGAUCCAGAAAAAGCGAAAAGAGACAAUGCUGAGGGAGAGAAUCUAUAAAGAGCAGUUAAUAAACCAGAUAAAAGCAGAUAUGGCUGAAAAGCUAGAGCAAGAGCGUAUUGAGGAUCAGAAGCUACUAAACGAGACGAUCGAGAGAACAGAAGACAUUUAUGACUGCAAGAUAAAACUAUGGCAUGGUGAUGGAACAUCAUCCAUUCUUGGGUUUUCAAAAGAAGACACUUUGGAUGAUCUUUUCUUAGCGAUCGAGGCAAGGCUGAAUCGAAAAGGAUUUAAUCUGUUCAGGAUGAACCAAACAGUCCCGAUUGAAAGGGGAUUUAAGAAAAUUUCCGAGAUUCCCAGUUUGUAUCCAAAAGGAGUAUUGUUUGUUGACGAAUAA